AAUCUGAUGUGUGGUGUUCCUUUGAUUUCCACGAUCCUCUCGGAUAUCUUCUCUGAAAUCUAGGGACCCAUUUCACUCUCUUCACUUGCCCAAUUCAAACAAAGGGCAUGCUCAAAUAAACCCUCGUUAACCCCCACCGAUUCUUUUAGAUCUUUAAUGGCGUCUAUUUCGAGAAUUGUUGCUAAAGAUUGUAAAUUUCAAUCACGCGAUGCUGUUCUUCAAAGACCCAGAUACGAUUUGCCCCCACGAGGACUUCACAACCAUGUUUCUUUUGAAAGUAGGGUUCGUUCGUCAGGUGAUGUUAAAAGUUUGGCUAUUCAGAAUAGGCGAUUCACACCAGCGAUUAUUCAAUCCUCAGCUUCCAGGAGGUCGAAGAUUGUUUGCCAAGCAGCAACAAAUGUUCCAGGAGAGGUUCCUUCUAGUGCAAGUACCUCAAGUGGAAUGUCAACAUAUGAAAGAAUAAUUGAAACAUUAACGACCCUUUUUCCUUUAUGGGUUAUUAUAGGUACAAUAAUUGGGAUCUAUAAGCCUUCAGCAGUUACUUGGUUACAAACAGAUCUUUUCACUGUUGGAUUGGGUUUUCUCAUGCUUUCAAUGGGACUUACACUAACAUUUGAGGACUUCAGACGCUGUUUAAGGAAUCCAUGGACUGUUGGUGUAGGGUUUCUUGCUCAAUACUUGAUCAAACCAAUUUUGGGAUUCUUGAUUGCAAUGACUUUAAAGUUAUCAGCUCCACUUGCAACUGGUUUGAUUCUAGUUUCAUGUUGCCCUGGUGGACAAGCAUCAAAUGUUGCAACUUAUAUAUCAAAAGGAAAUGUAGCACUUUCUGUUCUCAUGACAACGUGUUCAACUAUUGGAGCUAUUAUCAUGACACCACUGUUGACCAAACUUCUAGCUGGUCAACUUGUUCCUGUUGAUGCAGCUGGUCUUGCAAUCAGCACUUUUCAGGUUGUUUUGGUUCCCACAAUUCUUGGAGUCUUGAUGAAUGAAUUUUUUCCAAAAUUCACCUCAAAAAUCAUCACGGUGACACCUUUGAUUGGAGUUAUCCUCACAACUCUUCUUUGUGCAAGCCCGAUCGGGCAAGUUGCGGAUGUUUUGAAAACACAAGGUUUACAGUUGCUACUUCCAGUGGCUGCCCUCCAUGGGGCGGCAUUUUUCAUCGGUUAUGCCAUUUCUAAGUUAUCUUUUGGUGAAUCCACCUCUCGUACCAUCUCCAUAGAAUGUGGGAUGCAGAGCUCGGCCCUCGGGUUUUUGCUUGCUCAAAAACACUUCACAAACCCUCUUGUAGCUGUUCCUUCUGCUGUCAGUGUCGUUUGCAUGGCUCUUGGUGGGAGUGCUUUAGCGGUUUAUUGGAGGAACCAACCUAUUCCUGUUGAUGACAAAGAUGAUUUCAAGGAGUAAAAAAGCUUGUAGCUUUUUAGUUUUCUUAUUAGUACCCCAUGUUUUUAGGUUAAAUCUUUUUCUUUAUCAUAAUCAUAUGGGCAAUGGUUGAAAUCUGAGCAAUGAUACGACAAUUACUUGUACUGUGUGCAGUAAAAGUUGUAUAUUGUUUUGGGUUUGGUUGUUUUCAAGUAUGGAAACUUAUCAUCGACUUUUAAGUGGUUUUGUAUUUUGAUGUUGUGAGAAGAGUAGGGAUUUUGGUAGGUAAUUUAAACGCUGGUUGUAUUUGGAUCGAUAAUUAAGAUCGUGAAAACUGUUUUUGAAGUUUAAUUAUUUAUAAGUUCGAUAA